AUGGCUGGGAUGCUUCCUGGUGUGGAAUGCGCUCGAAGGAGACGAGUCCAUCAAAGCGGCGAGUCACCAGGCGUGGGCACACACGGCUGGACCAGGCGCUCCUCUUUUUGUUUGUAUGCUAGCAACCAUGAAACUCACCAUACCUCCACCUCUUCCCUGCAAAGAAGCAUAUCGAACAAAUCAUACAUGGAUGAGAAACUGGGAGUGGAAGCCCGAGAAGCCAAAGGGAGAUUAGAUGAAAGACUUAGAACACAAAGAAAAUCAGAACCCAAUAAAAGGCAUAGUGUUCAUAGAGAAGAAGAGAGAUGUGUGGGUGGUGGAAGAUCUAUGGUUCUUCUCGGAGAAUUGCAGAAAGAAGUAUUUGGAACAAAGAAGAGCGGGUCAAAGAGGUUCAGCUGGGCCAAGUUGAGCUGGAAGGCCUCAGACCAAGAUGAGUGUGCUGUCUGCCUGGAAAGAUUCAGGCCUGGUGAGACCCUGGUGCACCUGCCCUGUGCACACAGGUUCCAUUCUGGCUGUAUGGUUCCAUGGCUGCAGAACAAUGCCCAUUGCCCCUGUUGCAGAAUGGGGAUUGUCUCCCAGUAA